UUUUGAUAUUAUUUCUUUACUUUGGAGGUCAGGAUAUAUUUAUGACAGAAGAACAGAAGAAAUAUUACAACGCAAUGAAAAAAUUGGGAUCGAAAAAGCCACAGAAACCUAUACCGAGGCCAGUGAACAAAUUCCAAGGCAUGGUCUUUGAUUUUGUAACCAAACAAGUAUUUGACAUCAGCAUCAUGAUACUCAUCUGCCUUAACAUGGUCACAAUGAUGGUAGAAACAGAUGACCAGAGUAAAGAAAUGGAAACAAUUUUAUCCCGGAUUAACCUUGUGUUCAUUAUCCUUUUCACUGGAGAAUGUGUCCUGAAAUUGAUUUCACUUCGCCAUUACUACUUCACUAUAGGCUGGAAUAUUUUUGAUUUCGUGGUUGUCAUUCUCUCCAUAGUAGGUAUGUUCUUAGCUGAGAUG